GCACUUGUGAAGUUGUUAUAACCCCCCUCCUUGUUAUAAACAGGAAAGCACAGGAUAUAAAGCAAAAGACCCGCAUCCACAAAUACCAGCUCACCCGCCAGCUGCCAAGUUCCCCUUGAUGGUGUUUCUUGCUUGCAACCUUAGCCCCCCAGAAAGACUCUAGUGUUGCCCCCAACUCGGCAAACAAUGUUUUUGAAAUCUUCUUCAACCAGAGCUAUAGACCUGGUACCCUUGUGCCUUCUGCUCUCCUCUGCCUUCCUUCAAGGAGAGGUUGGCUCCUGGGGUCCACUCCUCUUUGGGGGCACUCAGCACCUGGAGAAUGCCUGUCUCCCACAGAGUGUGCCCAGCAUCUGUCUCGGGAGGGCUGCACCCCACAUCAGACACCAAACCUCUCACAGGGGUACUACCUCUAAAAAAGGUUUUGGUCAAGGGCCUCAGAAAGUACUUUGUAGGGCCUUGCUCUCUCCGUCUCCUAUUAGGCCUGGAAGAAGAGAGACCUUUUGUGGGAGACUCAAGGUCGUGGGGUGCCCCCAGGCCAACAGUAAAACCCACGCUGGUGCUCCCCCCCACCCUGCCUUCCUGGCCCUGCAGACCCGGCUUCGAGCCACCCGUCCACAUCCUGCCUCACUGACUGUGUGCUUACAGCGUCAAGGGGUGGACGUGAUAUUUCAAACAUCAGAUCAGUGCGUUUAUAUAUUGGGUGCCCGGAAAUUUUUCCAAAUAAACACAGCUUGAUUCAACUUGGGUGGGCGGACUUAUCAACAGACUAAUUCUAUAAACAAAUGAAGGAAUAGCCCCGAAACCGAUUGGCUGGUAUCAAAAAGACACGUGGAGAGAAAAGCUUGGAGUUUUUCAGCAAUGAAAUUUUAAUUAAUGUGGGUGGGCUGAGAACACAACGACUGUUUAUCAUAGACAAUUUAUUUUCCAGCGCUAAGUCAACAUAUAAUAGCAAACUUACAACAAUUAUUUAACAUUUUUAAAGCCAUGAAGAAAGGACAGAGCGCGGAGCAGCCAGGGAGAGCGGCAGAGCGGAGGGCAGACUCGAGGCAGGCUCCCCAGGAGGGCCCUUGUGGCGCGCGGCGCAAUCCUUGAGCCUCCGGGGUCGCCUGCCUACCGGAGCGCAGCGCCGGCUGUGGCUCGCCAUGAGUCACGUCUUCGGUCCCCGGCUGCCGGCUCUGGCCGCCUCGCCCAUGCUCUAUCUGUACGGCCCCGAGAGACCCGGGCUGCCUCUGGCCUUCGCCCCCGCGGCUGCUCUGGCCGCCUCGGGCCGAGCGGAGCCCCCGCAGAAGCCACCCUACAGCUACAUCGCGCUCAUAGCCAUGGCGAUCCAGGACGCGCCCGAGCAGAGGGUCACACUCAACGGCAUCUACCAGUUCAUCAUGGACCGCUUCCCCUUCUACCACGACAACCGGCAGGGCUGGCAGAACAGCAUCCGCCACAACCUCUCGCUCAACGACUGCUUUGUCAAGGUGCCCCGCGAGAAAGGGCGGCCCGGCAAGGGCAGCUACUGGACGCUGGACCCUCGCUGCUUGGAUAUGUUCGAGAAUGGCAACUACCGGCGCCGGAAGAGGAAGCCCAAACCCGGCGCCGGGGCCCCGGAGGCCAAGCGGGCUCGCGCAGAGCUGCAGGAGCGCGGCUCAGAGGCGCGGCCCCAGGCGGCCAGCGGGGCAGCGCGCCCCAGUCCCGGAACCCCCAGCCGUGAGGGAGCGCCCACGCGCCCCUCGCCCCUCGGGGAAGGCUCCUCUCCGCAGGCGUCCCUCCACUGGCUGGGCCCUGGGUCGCCGGACCAGGACGCAGGCAAUGCUGUCCAGGGCACCAUGGCGGUGGCGGUGGCGGUGGGCCAGCCAGCGCGCACGGGGGAUGGCCCGGGGUCCCCUCCGCGGCCCGCCUCCCGCAGCUCUCCGAAGAGCUCCAAGUCCAAUAGCUUCAGCAUCGACAGCAUCCUGGCGGAGAGGCAGGGCCAGACACCCGCUGGAGGGGGCGAGGUCCCGGGGGACGCCAAGCCAGGGCCGGCCGGCGGCCUGGGCGCCUCACUUCUGGCCGCCUCCUCCAGUCUCCGUCCACCUUUCAACGCCUCCCUGAUGCUCGACCCGCACGUCCAGGGCGGCUUUUACCAGCUGGGGAUCCCUUUCCUCUCCUAUUUCCCCCUGCAGCUCCCCGACGCGGUGCUUCGCUUCCAGUAAAGCAAACAGUGGCGCGUUCUUUCCUCUGCCCUGGCGGAGCCUCCUCUGAGCCACCGGCCAAGGUCCCACCGUCCCGCCCCCCGGAAAAGAGGCACAUUCUUUUAAAAAGGAUCUUUGCUUGGGUAGACAUUAGGGUUCUGGUCAGCCUCGCCAACUUCUGUGCGCAGGUGAGCGCGUUUGCCCCCCUCCUCAGGAGUGGAUUUACCCAGCAAUGGGAACUGGCUUUGGAGAGCUAAAAGAACCACCCUGUGGGGAUUUGAACAGACCCUUUCCAGGAGAAUUCCUUGACCUAAUGACUUGAUCCUCUGCUGCCACCACAGGCCCUGGGCUACUAGGCAGGAGAACCCUGCUGACCACCUGAACACAGGACUAACAGUCACAGUGGUCUUUGGAUCUACAUACUAUGGUUGCAGGCUCCCAUGUCUUGUGUGGCCUGGGCUUUGACUUUGAGUACCCUGUGUUGGGGGGGGGGCAGUUCUCAGUUGGCUUUGUCCCAGAAGUCCAGUUUGGGGCUCAGGGUGGCCCCUAUUCCAUGGGGUCAUUUUGGAAAUGUAGGCCUGGUUAGCAUUUAUGACCAAGGUUAAGGUGGAUGCCAAGAAACCCCGGAAAGCAGUAACACUUUUAUUUUAAAUGGAGAAUUCUUCUCUGAAUUUCUUUCUAGGCAGUAAAAGAAACAUGCUUUA